GCAAAUCCCCUGCUCUCUCCCCAAGCCCUCGCCCCGCGACUCUCGCGCCCCCCGUGCCUCCUGCUUCUCCACCCCUAGCCCCGCGCCUCUGCUGCGGGGCCUCGUCCGCCUCGUCCCCGCCCCUCCAGUCUUCUCCCGCUCGGCCCCCGCACCCCUGCCGCCUGAUCCAGCCCAGAUUCCAGCUCCCGGAAUCCCCUUUCCCGGGCAGUCCCGAACUGGCCAGUCUCCAGAAAGCCCGCGGAUGUGGAGCGGGCAGUGCUGAGCCCACCUUUUCAAACGCGAUGUGACUGUGGACGGGCUUGGCAGCAACUUCUCCUCCUCAGAGGUAUUGGCGCCUAGUCCAGACAUCUGUGGGAAGAGGGCUUACAGCAGAUGGCUUGAAAAGCCUCGUGGUCCCUGGAGAGAGGUGGAGAUGCACAGCUACAGCCUGAAAGCCAGACGUGUUCCCGAUUUGAGGUGAAACCAUGAAGAGAAAAUAGAGCAAUAAUAAUGCUUUUCCGCAACCGCUUCUUGCUGCUGCUGGCCCUGGCUGCACUGCUGGCCUUCCUGAGCCUCAGCUUGCAGUUCUUCCACCUCAUCCCCGUGUCGACAGCUAAUAAGAAUGGAGUGAGCAGCAAGAGUCGAAAGAGAAUCAUGCCUGACCCGGUGACAGAGCCCCCCGUGACAGACCCCGUUUACGAAGCUCUUUUGUACUGCAACAUCCCGAGCGUGGCCGAGCACAGCAUGGAAGGUCACGCCCCGCAUCAUUUUAAGCUGGUCUCAGUGAAUGUGUUCAUUCGCCACGGGGACAGGUACCCACUGUAUGUCAUUCCCAAAACAAAGCGACCAGAAAUUGACUGCACUCUGGUGGCUAACAGGAAGCCAUAUCAUCCUAAAUUGGAAGCUUUCGUUAGUCACAUGUCAAAAGGAUCCGGAACCUCUUUUGAAAGCCCCUUAAACUCCCUGCCUCUUUACCCCAAUCACCCACUGUGCGAGAUGGGGGAGCUCACACAGACAGGAGUCGUGCAGCAUUUGCAGAAUGGCCAGCUGCUGAGGGACAUCUAUCUAAAGAAGCACAAACUCCUGCCCAAUGAUUGGUCCACAGAACAGCUUUAUUUAGAAACCACUGGGAAAAGCCGAACCCUGCAAAGUGGGCUGGCCUUGCUUUAUGGCUUUCUCCCAGAUUUUGACUGGAAGAAGAUUUAUUUCAGGCACCAGCCAAGUGCUCUGUUCUGCUCUGGAAACUGCUACUGCCCAGUGAGAAAUCAGUAUCUGGAAAAGGAGCAGCGUCGUCAGUACCUCUUACGUUUGAAAAACAGCCAGCUGGAGAGGACCUACGGGGAGAUGGCCAAGAUCGUGGACGUCCCCACCAGGCAGCUCCGAGCUGCCAACCCCGUAGACUCCAUGCUCUGCCAUUUCUGCCACAACGUCAGCUUCCCCUGCACCAGAAACGGCUGUAUCGGCAUGGAGCACUUCAAGGUGAUCAAGACGCAUCAGAUUGAGGACGAAAGAGAGAGGCGGGAAAAGAAACUGUACCUCGGGUAUUCACUCCUAGGUGCCCACCCCAUCCUGAAUCAAACCGUCAACCGGUUGCAGAGUGCUGCUGAGGGCAGGAAAGAAGAGAUCUUUGCCCUCUACUCUGCUCACGAUGUUACUCUGUCGCCAGUUCUCAGUGCCUUGGGCCUUUCAGAAGCCAGGUUCCCAAGGUUUGCGGCCAGGCUGAUCUUUGAGCUUUGGCAAGACAGAGAAAAGCCCAGUGAACAUUCUGUCCGGAUUCUUUACAAUGGUGUUGAUGUCACAUUCCACACCUCUUUCUGCCGGGACCACCACAAGCGUUCUCCCAAGCCCAUGUGCCCCCUUGAAAACUUAGUCCGCUUUGUCAAAAGGGACAUGUUUGUGGCCCUGGGUAGCAGUAGUACAAAUUAUUAUGAUGCAUGUCACAGGGAAGGAUUCUAAAAGGUAUGUGGCACAGCACUGUAGAAUCUAUGCCAAUACAGAGGGCUAGGAAAGGUCCACUUCUAGUUUUAUCCGUUGCUAAGGGUGUAAGAUUUUUUAUUUUUAGAGGCUAAAGAUUGUGUUGGGAGCCACGUGGAUGGUUUGGGUUGAACAGUAGGCAUGUUGCUAUAAUCUGGUACGUGAGUUGCUUGUUACAAAAUGGCCAGUUCACAGAGGAAAGAAGGUACUUUAUCAUAGCCAGACUUUGCAUACAAUGCCAGAAUAAUACUUCAGUACCCAACAUUGCCAAUCCAAGUAUGUAUUCUUUUGGCCUGCCAUGGUCCUGUAUGAUGGAACCAGCAAACCUCAGCCAAAAUUUUCUUAAUCUUGGACAAUUUUACCUUGUCCUUGUUCAGUUAAAAAUUUCUUAAAGUGAUUUAUGUAAAACAGGGGUUGGCAAACUUUUUCUGUAAAAGGCCAGAUAGUAAUUAUCUGAACUGUGUGGACCAAAAGGCCACAUUUAGUCUGUCACAGCUACUCAACUCUGCUCACAGACUAUGCAUAAAUGAACAAGUGUGGCUAUGUUCACAGGCUGUAGUUUGCUGUCCCCUGAUCUAAAAAAUAGGCUCCACUACAAUUGCACUUCCAGCACUUUGAGAACCAGUUGAAUACUAAGAAUUAUUUAAUGGUUUCUCUAGUAACUUCUGCUAGAAACACAGAAUUUGGUCUGUAUCUGACACUAUUACAAAACUUGAGGGGAAAUAAACAUUGAAUCACAAUGAAUCAUAGAAAAAUUAUUAGAAGAAUACUCAUACUUGAUGUUCAUGAUGAUUGUGGUAAAAGAUAGUUUUAAGUAUGUUUUAAAAUUUGUCUGCUGUAGUCUAUUUGCUGUAUAUGCUGAAAUUUUUGUAUUCCAUUUAGUAUUUUUAUAGUCUAGGAAAAUAUUUUCUAAGACCAGUUUCAGAUGUGCUCUUAUUCCUAUAGUAAUAUUCAAUUUACUGUAGCUGCUUGGUAAUUAGAAGGAGGCCAGAAGAUGAAUUCAGGCACUUUCUUCCAAUAAAACUAAUUAUGGCUCAUUCCCUUUGACAAGCCGUAAAAUUGGAUCAAUUUUUAGACCAUUUUCAUCAGUUUCAAAUGGUAAAUUCUGAUUGAUUUUUAAAUACAUUUUUGGAAGAACUUUGUUACUAGAUAGUUAAAAAAUCUUUAUAGGGUGUUUUAUAGAUUAGAAGCAAUUAUAAUUAAAUCUGUGAUUUCUGAACUAAUGGUGCUAAUUCUAUUCAAAGAAAUGUAAAGUGCAAGUGAGAUUACCUGGUGUCAUUGGAAUUCCAACUUUUACUCUUUGUUUUUGUCCAGUGUUACAUUUGAAUAUGUCUGUUUCUAUAAAUAAAUUUUUGAAGAAUAC